GUCAGUGCAGUGGCGGCCGCGGGCGGAAGUUCCUCUACGCGCUCUGUGGCUGAGCGGACGCUGCUGCACGUUAAACUAGCGGGCUGCAGUCUUUCGGGGACACCUUCUGCGGACCGCCGGAGCCCCCAGAGAGCAAUAAAGAUGGCAGCAGAGCUCCCCACUUCCAUAAACAUCAAGGAGCCCCGGUGGGACCAAGCGACGUUUGUAGGUCGGGCCAAACAUUUCUUCACCGUCACCGACCCCAGAAACAUUCUCCUCACCAACGAACAACUAGCACACGCACACAAAGUGGUCACGGACUACAGGAAAGGCAUCGUCUCCCCGGGACUGACGGAAGAUGAACUCUGGAAAGCGAAAUACGUCUUUGAUUCGGCCUUCCACCCCGACACCGGGGAGAAGAUGAUCCUGAUUGGCCGCAUGUCAGCGCAGGUUCCGAUGAACAUGACCAUCACUGGAUGCAUGAUGACCUUUUACAAGACAACUCCGGCCGUGUUGCUCUGGCAGUGGAUCAAUCAGUCUUUUAACGCCAUAGUCAACUACACCAACAGGAGCGGUGAUGCUCCCAUCACGGUCAGUCAGCUGGGGACGGCGUAUGUGUCUGCGACCACAGGGGCAGUGGCCACCGCUCUGGGACUGAAUGCACUAACAAAGCACAUCUCACCUCUGAUUGGACGGUUUGUUCCAUUUGCUGCGGUUGCUGCUGCUAACUGUAUCAACAUCCCUCUGAUGAGACAAAGAGAACUUCAACACGGCAUUCCCAUAACAGAUGAGAACGACAACAGGUUGGGGGAGUCGACGAACGCCGCUCAGCAGGCCAUCUCUCAGGUCGUGGUGUCCAGAAUCCUCAUGGCUUCUCCAGGAAUGGCUAUCCCCCCGUUUCUAAUGAACCAUUUGGAAAAGAAGGCCUUUCUGAGGAAGUUCCCAUGGAUGAGUGCACCCAUUCAAGUCACCCUGGUGGGAUUCUGCCUGGUGUUUGCCACUCCACUGUGCUGCGCCUUGUUCCCUCAGAAGAGCUCCAUAUCAGUCAGCCGCCUGGAGCCGGAGCUGCAGGAGAAGAUCCGGGCCAACCACCCCGGAGUGGAGAGGGUCUAUUUCAACAAAGGGCUAUGAGUGCGCGGCCCACUCAUCCAAACACUGCCACAACACAGCUGCAGGCUCGCUCCUCUCCUCUGUGCCAGCCCUCCUCAUUCAGUGUGCCAAAGUUAAGUUUCCACCAUUCAGGUGGCCCUCUGGGGACUCCCUCUCUUCGUAACGACAUGUUUGCUCUUGUCAAUGUGAUUGUUGACUUUGUUGUAACUGCUAGAGAAGGUUUUCCUCCCACUGGGCUGGAUGAAUCCGACCCGGUGCUGUAUAGCGGGCAGUGUGAGAUCGUUUUAAGUGGACGUUCUUUUCUGUACAGUUUAUAUUUUUGAGGUUGGCAUUCAGCUUCAGUUUUAACCUUGAUAACGCACACCUGUGCAUUUCGUGCUUUUGCCAAAUUUCUUCCACACCUCAUCACCGAUUGCGACCUCUUACUCAUGAAAGUGUAAUUCAGUUCAUUUUGCCAAACGAGACGUCCAGUGGGCCUCGAGGCCUCUGGACGUCUGGUCCUGACUCUAAAAACAACUCUCCAGGGAUGCACCCUAUAAAAUGUGAUGCUAUGAUGGCGGCAACCAUUGAUGGGCCAACAUGGUGCUAUUUUGUCUUAAUCUGUGUUUAUCAAUCUAUUUAUUCUGCUUGCCAAAUAUGCAUGAACAAAUCCCUCAUGAUUCUAUCUCCUCGGAUAAGAUGUUUCUGUAUAUUUAGUUGCUUCGGGAGAGCUGAACGGUGGCGACAAAAUGCAAGUAAUGUUAAACGCACUGGUUCGCAUUUCCCUAAUCCAUAAUGUCCCGUAGCUAAUCUAGGAUUUGGCAAUCAUUGGACGCUUUUGGGAGUAUUAAAUGCUAAGAGGUUUGAUCAUUACUGCACAAAGUGUGUUAGAUUUAGGUGGCAGUUGACCCAAACUCUUGUGUUAAAAUGCAUAUGUUAGAUUUGGAUGUCAAAAUUAGGGGGAAAAAAUGCCAAAAGCCAGAAGUGUUUUUCACAGCAUGGAUGAUCAAUCUAAACAAGAUGUGCUUUAAAUGUGACUUGUGACAUUAUGAACUCAACCUGCUCCGUGGACUCAUCGUACCUUUGACCUCAGUCUGGUGAGAUCCCAGUUUAAAAUCGUGGGAUUAUUAACAACCCACACUAAGAAAUAUGCACACCGUAGAGUAAUACAGAGUUACAUCAGCACACAAUACCACAGCACACAGUCCCAUGUGGUAAUUCCUGUUGCUCUGGUUGCCAGUAUCCAGACGACAAUGGACCCAGUUAAAGACGCCUGUGUUGUGCAGGACUGAAAUGAUUGCGUUUGUGUGCCACCUUAACGGGAGAUUUAUCAUUCAGCGUUGAAAUCAGGGACUUGAGUGUAAAAGACAAACUUGAAGCCACAAAACCAACAAGCGGUAUUCGUCAAAGGUAAUUUAAAAAAAAAAAAAACUAAAGAAUGAUUUUGUAUUUCUAAGCACAGGAAACUUGUGAAAAUGAUUUGGUUUCAUUGCAUUUUAAUUACUCAUCACAAUGUGUAAUGUGUUUAAUGUUAAAUAUACUGAAAUCUACUUGCAUAUAUUGCUGUAAAAGUAACUUUAUUUUAGAUUGUCAUUGUGUCCAGAGACGUGUUGGAGGUGCAGCUGUUCCAAGUGAAGUUUGUUAUUUCGUGUUAAAGGUAACUGAAUGUAGCAUUCUCCAGUGUCAGUGUGUUGGUCCAGAAGACCUCAACAACUCAAUACAUUUCAAAUGCUGCACAUUUUAACAUUUUUAGUUUCCUGAUCGCAAUACUUUUCUGUACAACUGAGAAAAGGGGAUAAAUAUCAAACUUCCUCUUUGGUAGAUGAUAAAAAGUGUCCAUUAACCUCCAACUGCAUCUAAUGAUUGAAUUAACUAAACUAACAAGCUUCCAUUUACCAAAUGAGAUAAAGUCUCUACAGCCAAUAAGUAAUUUACUGUUUGCUUUCAUAGCAAUGAAUUUAACAAAAACAUGGUAUUUGUUUUGCAGAUAGCUGGGUUGAUUCGAUGUUUAGACUAAGUGGUUAAAAAUAAAGUUCAUCACAUCUGCA